GUUGUCUCUCUGAUAGUCCCUGGUUGUCCCUGGUUGUGUCCCAGGUGGGGGGUCUGUCUCAGUCUGGGGAUGUGGAGCUGAUGAUCGAGGCCGUUGUCCUCAGUGGACGUCCAGUGAAGAGCCAGCAGGUGGGGGAGGACGAGCUGAGUCCGGACCAGCGGCGGGAGGAGCUGCUGGUCCAGUACCAGAGACGUCCCCUGGUCUUCCUGGAGAGAUACCAUACCCACCUGCAGCCUCAGCACCUGUCGGCCUUUGACCACGUGUCCUCAGACCCUCGGGCUCAGCACUACAGCCAGGAGGUGAGGAGACAAGCCGCCGGGGGACGAGCCGGGGGACGAGCCUGGGGACAAGCAGGACAAGCCGACAGGACCAGAGUCAGGAACCGGCGCUACGCCGCCCUCCGAGCUCUGCAGAAAGAGGGACAGUACUUCAGUGAGGAGCAGAUGAGGACCAGGGAGCCUCUGCUCUAUGAAAACUACAUAGGACGCUUCCUGACUGAAGACCAGAUGCUGGAGCGCUCUCAGGACGCCAUGUUGGACGGGGCUGAGGGGGGGGUCGGGGGAGGACUGGCUCACCUCCUCCUCAACUCCUACCAGGAGAGACUGAUCCAGAACCGACUGCAGGAGGAGCAGGACAGAGAGGACGGGGGACAGGAGGAGGACGAGGAGGAGGACGAUGAUGUCCAGCAGGAGGACAGGGAGCCCUCUGCUGAGGAGAAGGUUUUACUCAGGGAGGAGUUCAUCAGUCACAUGCACCAGAACUUCCUGGACGGAAAAGACCAGGACUUCAACUACAGAGAAGUGGACGAGAACCCAGAAUACGACAACCUGGACAUCGUCAGCAGAGACGCAGAGGACAAAUACUUUGAUGAAGAUGAGGAAGAGGAAGACAAUGACAUGACAGAAUAGAGUCAGUGAUCAUUGAUUGAUAUGUAAAUAGAAUAAAUGUGCAGACGAAGUCAACUCGUCUCUAUGUUCAGGUUUUAUAUAAAAACGUUUUCUAAUGUUUCUAUCUGUUAAAAUAAAAAAUACCUGAGUCAAAGGA